UGUAAUUAUGUACAUUCUCCUAUCUAUUUUUAGCACUGGCCUGCCGCCUCAUUAACAAACUGCAGAUGCAAACCAUUCCACAGACAAGCACUGGGAGCUCUGUAGAGAAACUGACAUCCAAGGACAGCAAACAUACAAGGAUAAAGAAGUGUUAUAGCUAGAGGGGCGCAGACAGUUAAACCAACCGGAAUCAGGAUGUGGCGACAGCUUUGGAUGCUCGCUUUUGGGACGAGUUUUAGUGACGAUGAUUUUUUCGCCCCAUUCUCGGCAAGUCUCGUCUAUCUCGCGUUUGUGAUGGUAUUAGGGAUCAUUCUUCGAAUCCUUAACAAAAUGUUUUCGCCCGAAGCUUUCAAAGAAUACAUAGCAGAUUUUCUUGCCACUAUGGAAAUGUGCGCAUACUUUUUCGAAAACAACUUCAUAUUCAAGCAUUAUGGCUCUUUUUGGUUAUUUAUUGCUGUUCUUGUAGAAUGCUUCAUUGCAAACAGAACAUAUUUUGGUGCCUCCGAAAACCCAGUGAAAGCUUUUUACCAAUUUUGCAACAAAGAGAUCGGUUUGUCCAAAGCAGUAUUGAAAAUUGCGGUACAGACUUUGGCUGGUUUGGCCUCGUAUCGUUUGGCCAAGUUAGUCUGGUCCCUCGAUCUGGUUCCCGACCACCGAGAGAGGUUUUACGAGGCGGAGUGUGCCUCGGACCUGAACGUGGCCCUCACUGCCGGGAUACUGGUGGAGUUUGGCGCUACAUUGAUAGACACGUGGCUGGGGAUGCAAGUAUUAAUGAAAAAUCAACUAGCAGACGAAAUAAUAAAACUGAGCAAUGGAUCACUUAUGAUUGUAUUGGGCAUCAAUCUGACUGGCAUGUACUUUAACCCAGCCAUGGCCACUGGGCACACAUUCGGAUGUAAGGGGACCACGGCCUGGGAACACGUGGUCGUCUACUGGAUAGGCCCCUUCAUUGGCUGCUUCCUAGCCAUGUUGAUGGACCGGAUGUUACACAUAGAUGCUGCAGCAACGGUCGCCAUGGAAACCAAAAAGAAGAAAUGAUUUGACACUAAAUGUACUCUUCAUGUACAUGUACCUUUCCGUUGAAUCAAAGAUCUCCUAGUUGAUACACAAAGCAUUCCCCCUAUGCUAAUAUUCUUGUAUAGUUUAGAAAGAGUAUCGGAAUUUACUAGAUGUAUGGUAAAGCAAAAAAAAAAUUUUUUUUAAUCCACUUAUCCAAAAAUGUCUUUCACCAAACUACUUACUCUAAACCAUGUACAAGUAAACAAAAUAUCAUUUUAUGCGCUUUACGUAAUAUGUAAGUUCAAAACUUGAACUUACAAUAAACACUGGUGUACGCAUACCAAAAUGAGUCUAUAAUCGCUUUUCAAAGAAGCCACUGUUAUUCUUAUAUAUGUGCUGUAUUUGCUCCAUUUUCCAGGUCCCAUAUGAAAUACUUGUCAGCAGCAAAACGGCAAAAAUAGAUACAAGGACAUGUAUAUUUAUAUACCGGUAUAUAUUUCACGUACGCAUGUAAACAAGGCAAUGCGAAGAAUUUUACAACUAAACUUGUACUCAUUUUUACCGCCCGCGAUCUACUCCUCUGGUUUUUUGUCUUUACUCGUUUAUAUACUUUGUACAUGUAUGUAUGUAUGGUUUUUUUUCAACCCGGUAAUAUUUCAAUGCCUAAUUAAAACUAAUUUAAACAUGUAUUGGAUAUUAGAAAUUAUUUUCAUUUUUUACUUAAAAAAGGAAAGUGUUGGGUUUUUUUACCUC